AUGUCACAGGAGUUGAAAGAAGCGAUUGAAAGAGCGAAUGCGAUCAUUCCUGAUUUCAACCCCGACUUCAAACCAACACAAUCGGCUCCAAAACGACAGCGGUCCUUGGAGGAUAAUAAGCCAAACGGAAAAAGGCGCAAAUCAAUGGGCGUGACGCCCAGAAGAUCAUUUGCGGAGGUUGCAAAAGACCGCCUUAUCAUAGGAGUCCUGGACGAGAACCACCCGGAAGGUAUGAUCCCCAAGGCCCAGUGGAAAUGGAUCGAGGCCGAGCUAACGAAAGUGCCACUGAAGGUUAUUCUGGAGAACCCCGGCCCCCCGCCUGCGUGUGAAGACUUAGGCUGGCACCAAGGCCAGAUAAAAAUAAUAGCGUGCGACGAUGAGAGAUCGGUUCAACUGUAUACAGAGGCCAUCUCCAAAGUCGGCGAAGUGUACCCAAAUGCCAAGCUAGUGGUCGUGGACAGGAAGGAUAUUCCAUCCAAGCCGCGAGCAAGGGUUUGGUUAACUUCAACCGUCGAAGACCCGGAAGAGAUUAUGAAGCUCAUUCGGGUCUGCAAUCCGAACAUCCCAACGCAGGAGUGGAGGUAUGUCAAAACUCUUACCAACAAAAAUAGCGCGGAAGAAUCGAAAGAGCAGAAGCGCGCCACCAUGCAGGCUCUCCUGCCCCUCACAGAGAACUCAAUCGAACCAUUAGCGAAAUGCGAUGGGAAACUGAGAUACGGUUUUGUAAAGGUGAAGCUUCACAUUUAUAAAACCGACACGGAUGCAAUUGAGUUCCUCGCCACUAAGGAAGGUGAAAAGCCCAUGGGCGAUCUACGGAAAGAUGACGCAGUGGAGGGUUCUGAAUGA